UCCAGGGCUGCUGGGGCUGCACCCUGCUCUCUGCAGAUCCAGGGCUUGUGAAAAACACUGGCUUUUGUUUCAGCACAGCUCCUGAGAUGGCGUGCAUUCUCACAGUGGCGGCAGGGUCCCCUGGGACGUCCCAAAUGAAGAAGACCAUCGGACAUCGGGGGAUUGACCACACGGGGGAGACCACCUACAAGAAGACCACGUCCAGUGCCCUGAAAGGUGCCAUCCAGCUGGGCAUCACGCACACAGUGGGCAGCCUCAGUCAGAAGGCUGAGAGGGAUGUCCUUAUGCAGGACUUCCUGGUGGUGGAGAGCAUCUUCUUUCCCAGGGGGGGCAGUAAUCAGACUCCAGCCCAUCACUUCGAUGACUUCCGAUUCAAGACUUAUGCCCCCAUUGCCUUCCGCUACUUCCGAGAGCUCUUUGGUAUCCGGCCGGAUGAUUACCUGUACUCCCUGUGCAAUGAGACGCUGAUUGAGCUGUCCAACCCCGGAGCAAGUGGCUCGGUCUUCUAUGUCUCCAGCGACGAUGAAUUCAUCAUCAAGACAGUGCAGCACAAGGAGGCAGAGUUUCUGCAGAAGCUGUUGCCUGGCUACUUCAUGAAUAUCAACCAGAACAAGCGUACAUUGCUGCCCAAGUUCUACGGGCUGUACUGCGUGCAGACCAGCGGCAAGAACAUCCGCAUCCUGGUGAUGAACAACCUGCUUCCACGCGCCAGGCACAUGCACCUCAAGUACGACCUCAAGGGCUCCACCUGCAAGCGCCAGGCCUCAGCUAAGGAGCGUGAGAAGGCUCUGCCUACUUAUAAGGACUUGGACUUCAUCCAGAACAUGCCUGAUGGUUUGCAGCUGGAGCCUGAGAAUUACAAUGCCCUGAGCAAGACCAUCCAGAGGGAUUGCUUGCUUUUGCAGAGCUUCAAAAUCAUGGACUACAGUCUGCUGCUUGGCAUCCACAACAUGGAGCGUGACAAGAGUGUGAACUAUGGAGCUGCAAGCCCCGAGCAGAGGAGAGGCCCAGGCCAGAAGUCGCUGUACUGCACAGCCAUGGAGUCCAUCCAGGGCGAGGCGCGCGGCAGGGCCGUGCUCGACUCCAAGGACUACAUGGGUGGGAUUCCAGCACACAACGUCAGAGGGGAUCAGCUGCUGCUCUACAUUGGCAUCAUCGACAUCCUGCAGUCAUACAGAUUAAUUAAGAGGUUGGAGCAUUCGUGGAAAGCCCUGAUACACGAUGGGGACACAAUAUCUGUGCACAGACCAGGUUUCUAUGCUGAACGUUUCCAGAAGUUCAUGUGCAACACGGUAUUCAAGAAAGCCCCAUCCAAGCCCUCCCCAUCAAAGAAGAGAGGAUCCGGGGCCCAGGGGGGUCUCCCCAGGGCGACGGCAGCAGCUGGUGGCCCCAGCCUGGAUGUGGAGGGAAAGCAGGACAGGCAAUCUGGCCAGCCUGACCUGCUCGCAAGGACCCCUCGGCUGCAUGAAUUCAAAAAUGACUCUGCUGAAACAACUCUGUCCAACUGCUCCCUGGGAAGCGUGGGUUUCGCCUCCUCUCUGCCACACAGGUCAGUAGGAGUUGAAGUGCAUAAGCCAUCAAACCCAGAGGAAUGGCACGGUGCCCCUAACAGUGCUGCAGUGGCAGUUCCAGAGCAUCCGUCCGCCAGAGAAGAUGCCAUUUCCCUCAAAGACAUCAUUCCCGAAACUAACAUCUGCUUUUAAAAGAAGAGUUAGAAGACAUUGAGAGGAAGAAGCCCAGGAGGGCCAAGGCGAGCCCUGUCUCCAGGCACACAUCCCAGCAAGCCAGAGUAAUGAGGAGCGGCGGGAAGGCGGAGCCAUAACAUACAGGGCCCCACCCACAGUGACAUCACUGCAGUGCUUGGCUCGCAAUAAUCACCAUGACUGGGCUUGGGGUUAUGAUGCCUGAUCUAUGAUGCCUGAUCUAUGAUGCCUGAUCUAUGGGCUACUCAGCCGCACGAAGUGGUGUGUUACUGAGUGUCAUCCAACACACAGCUCACAUUUCUCAAUGCACAAGACCGGGCUGAGAUUUCUACAUUUAUCUCAUACUACAUAUGUGGCUUAAAAAUAUAUUAGUUCUUAACCCUUGAUGUGGAUUUAUGAAAAAAUUGUAAACAAGCUACAACAGCAGAUAUUAUGACUCCAGUCUUUUGCUACCCUAGCACAUGCAGGACUUGCUGCUUGAGUUACAGUGACACUACCUAGAGAACUCCAGCAGGGGGAGCUAUCGCUACUGCAGCACUUUCCAAAUUAACUAGAACCAAAGCAGACUAGGCCAGUAUUUCACUAUUCCUGGCCACUCCCUUUAUUUUUACAAUGUCUUCUUAAAACUGAAGGGAAAGAAGAUGGGAGUUAUAUCUACAUACACUCUCUCUGACAGUAGUUACACUACUCAUCCUGUAGAGGGAUGGCUGAUGACAGUGACAGUGUUGGUCUCCUAACGGUAGGUUUUCUGCAGUCCUAAAUGCUGGACUUGUCAACCUUCUGUGGACUGAGCUCAUACAGCAGCUACGGGGCAUGAGGCAGGUCCUCCAAAUUUGGCGUUUCCUCGUCCCCUUUAGUGCUGUGGUUUCGGGAGCCUGGCGGCUGUGUUUAAGUACUGCCAUGUUUCUAUUUAAAGUCCACAGAAUCUAUUACAAAAUGACUGGAAAUGUAAUGAUAUAACUACCACUCACAUGAAGACAAGGGGUUACUAACUGUAGGGACAUGUUUUGUGGAGGCCUUUAAACUGUGUGCUUUGAUGAAUUUGCCACAGUUCGGCCCAUGGCUGAGUUUAGGGUGCACAGUGAAGAUGACAUGCUCCCUGCAACAAGGAAAGACACUGAAUGUCUUUUAUAACGUGUCCACUCAGGCUGUACGGAUUCCAUUUUUUCUGCCCUGAUUCGAUACCUGGGCUUUGGUAUACCAAGUACCGAUCCAAAACCAGGGUUUAAUUAAUAAGCUGUAGGCUUUUGCCUCACUGUCUGGAAAAGACUGUCAUCAUUCAUUUAUGUCAUUUCCCCGGAAAUGUAACUACACGUUGCAGUGACACGGACUGCAAGGACUGUGAUUGGUCUGCUUGGUAGCAUUUGUGUUUUUUAUAGGAAAGCGUACACCCAGGUGUACUAAUAACUAAUGCUACAGUUUGUAUCACCAGUAUAUCUAACAUUAAACAAUUUAUUUAGUUUAAUGUUAAAUAACGCUUCAGUUUCAUUUUCUUUCGCGUCUUCAGACUUUGCGGUAAAAUUUGUUGUUGCUCUCUUUCGCUGCUAGCAUUAGCAAACUCUGUGCUCUCUGCACUAUGGUGUGUCUUUAGAUGUUUGAUCAAACUGCUUGUGUUACAUGUGCGCUGUCCCUUCCUCCUCUUGACACUUUAGCAGAACAGAGCUUUGUCUGUUUUAUUUCUCUUGUCGUCCCUUAUCUUUGUCCAAACUGCGGAUAUCCUCCACGUAUACUCGCCAAUGAUGCCAAUGGUAGUGUUCUGUGCAUUUAUCCUUCCCAAAUGUUUCUGGUUGACAAAUUUCUUGCUAGAUGCCAAAAUCUGAUUGGGCAACACAAAAAAGAUGCAGUAGCUUUGAGUGUUAACGUAAUGUUGCAAUUAAGUGGUAUUGGUUUUGGGUAUAGGACAAUUUUUAUGAGCAAGAGCAUAUGAGCACAAGCAUCGACCCGGUACCUGAUGCCGGUAUCAGUAUCAGUGCAUCCCUAGUGUCCACAUUGCUGCUUAACAAGAACAUGUCAUUUGUCAAUGCAUUUGUAUAAUGAACAAGAAUUUGAGACAUAGAACUUUCAUUGAAUCGUAAUGCUUUGUUACAAACCUUCAGCAAAUUUGUGCUUUAGUGCUCGGUUUCUGGGCUCCAGUAGGAAACUAAAUACCACAGCGGCCAGGGGCUCGAUACAGCCAGCGUGCCUGAGCCACGAACGACUGACGGCGGCCAGGGACUCGAUACAGCCAGCGUGCCUGAGCCACGAACGACUGACGGCGGCCAGGGACUCGAUACAGCCAGUGUGCCUGAGCCACGAAUGAAUGAACAUCUGAAAACAUUUGAAAAACAUGCAUUUUUUU